AUGUGCCGCUGAAUUCUUUUCUGUGUUCACCAAACUUUUGUUUAUUAUUGUGUAAAUUGUCCGAAACUAUUUAAUAUUUGUAUUGAAAUUUCGGUACCCGAGUGAUAUGCUUUACCUCUGAUUAAGUGUAAAUAUUGUGAUAAUAGAAAGACUGUAAUCGAAACAACAAAAAGUGCUCAAUUUAUCAGUAAUUUAAUAAAUUAGGAAGUUUAUCAGAUUCCAUAGGCCAGCUCAAUACUGGUUAACUAUAAAUACAAAAGCCCAACAAAAAUUAUCAAGUGAUACGAUUAGUGGGUAAAUAGAAAUCCAUACCAGAGCAAACAAUUACAACCGUAGUCGGACGAUUAGAAACGAACCUCAGAUAAAAAUACGAGCACAAAAUGCGAAUAGUUGGAUCCAGUAUGCUGUCAGCCCUCAAGCGGCUCUCAACGAGAAAUCCCACGACCUUGGUCAGUAAUAUCCGAUCUUUGAGCUCUUUUGGAACCAUGAGCCUGCCAGAACGUCAGCCCUUCUCUCCAGACUUUUUCUUCCGUCAACUUUUUGAUGCAGAAAGCAGCACCUAUAGUUACCUUCUGGCAGAUUUGAAGAAUGGAGAGGCCGUGAUCAUUGAUCCAGUUUUGGAGCAGGCCAAACGAGAUGCCCAGUUGGUCAAGGAUCUGGGCUUUCAGUUAAAGUAUGCCAUCAACACCCACAUGCAUGCGGAUCACAUAACCGGCAGCGGUUGGUUGAGGAAGUUGACGGGUUGUCAGUCGGUGAUUGCCGCUGCUAGUGGAGCAAAGGCGGAUCUUCACCUGAAGGAGGGAGAUCGCAUCGACUUCGGCACCCAUGCGAUAGAUACUUUGGCCACUCCGGGUCACACAAAUGGCUGCAUGAGCUAUGUGAUCAAGGAUCAGGGCUGUAUCUUCACCGGUGAUACUCUCCUAAUUCGCGGUUGUGGACGUACAGACUUUCAAGAGGGCUGUCCCCGUAAUCUCUACGACAAUGUGCAUAGCAAGAUCUUUACUCUACCGGAGAACUUUCGCAUAUAUCCGGCACACGACUACAAAGGUCAAAUGGAAAGCAGUGUGUGGGAGGAGAAGCGUUAUAACCCCAGACUGACUAAGGAUAUCGAUGAGUUUGUGAAAAUCAUGGAGAACCUGAACUUGCCAUAUCCCAAGAAAAUAGAUGCCUCGCUGCCCGCCAAUCGGGAGUGUGGAGUCUACGAUAUACCCAAGGAGUAAUUCCAACCCCUGAAGGAACUAAAAAUGCAGCUUAUAUAUUAGUCUUUCUAAGAGAUUU